CCUACCUAUUUCUCUAUCUCUUAUUGGCAAUAAAAUGGGUAAUGGUCAUUCUCAAAAUUAUGUUCUUCAAAAUGCAUCAUACACUUAUGGUUACAUACCUAAUGCUCAAUUAUUUGGCCCUGGCCCAAAUCUGGUUCAUUGUCCAGCAUGUAACCAAAAAAUGAUAACAAAAGUUAACCAUGUUAGUGGUAGAUAUACGUGGGGAAUGUGUUACUUGUACAUAAUUAUUGGGUUUUUUGUUGUUUCGACUCCACUCAUCAAUUGUACAAGUAAAAAUGACAACGAGCUUCAUAGAUGUUUUAUUCUUCUUCUUUUUGGGUUUUACAAAAAUAAAAUUUUUAUUAAAAAAAUUUUUUUGAGGCUUCCUUUUUGGUGUAUCUCGCUUAUUCCAUAUAUGUUAAAAUGUUGUAAGGAUGUUGAACAUUAUUGUAGCCAUUGUAACACUUAUAUUGGCAAAUAUUUUCGUGACGAGAAAUAUUCUGUAAUGAUACUACCAAUAGGAAAUCAACAACAACAACAAGAUGACAAUCAGAAUCAACCAAACGAUGAUUAA